CUCACAAGGCAGAAUGGCAGCCGCCCCGACCCUGGUUCUUUACCAUGGUUCAUCGGCGGCGUAGAACGACAUGUGCAGCCAAAGCCACACCAACAUGACACACCCCAUUCCGUCCUCCGUGUGGAUCUAGGCAGAUCUAUAACUCUUGAAGCAAUCAUACAUAGCCACCUAUUGGUAGAGUAUUGGUCUGAUUCGAACAAGUUGGCUCAUAUGCUCAUUUGUGUGACGCUAUACUUGCUUGAGCAUGACGCGUUUUUUACCCAAAGAAAAUGGAAUGAGCAAUCGACCUUUAUGGCACUGCUUCUUGUAUGGUGCCCUCGAUGUCCAGAAAAAUGUAGGUUGCCUUGCCUUGCCUUGCAAUCCACAGCUAUAUAAAACCCACAGGUGCACCUCUUCUUUUCUUUUCUUUUUUCUCUUCAGUAAUCUCCAGGGCGCAACUCAACGCUUACAUUACCCCAAGUUCGUUGCACACAUCCUUUUCUAGUUCUAAUAUUCUUCAAUCUAUCCAAUCAUGUCUUCCUCACUCAUGGAUUGUCCACCUGAACUUCUCAUACACAUUCUCAACUUCCUUCCAGUCCAAGCGCUCCUAAGAUUCGGCCAGACCUCUCAGUACUCCCAACAACUUGCAAAAUCCAGUCUACACACCCUUUCGCUAGGUGUACACCAAACUCACAUGUCUGCCAUGCUCAGCAAACUAGCUAAGACGCAAUACCCGCAGCCCAAACACUCCAAAUCUUUUUUCCAAGCUGCAAGCCAAUCGUCCAGUUCUGCGAGUAAAGCCUGUAGUAGCCGAAGGUCCAGUAUCGGAAGCGACUACUAUCCGGAAGACGACAUUGAAAACGAUCCAUAUAUGGUGUCUGUUUUGAUUCCGGAUGCGGGGACAUACGAUUAUCCAACACUGAUCAGCUUUGAUGCCGCGCUCACGAAAAGCAUCUUGACCCGGCACGGUGGUACGUUACGGAAUCUAGACUUGUCUCUGUGCACCCUCACGAGCCCAAUUGCGAGGUCCAUAGCCAGGCUUCGGGCAUUGAGGGUGUUGUCGAUUCGAAUCGAGGACUCGCCUUACAUGCGCGCCACCUCGAGAAGUGGGAGGGCCAGUCAGCAGGCGGAGCAGCGCGUGGCCUGGGAAAUAUUGACUGAUACGGCGGCAUGGGCACCUCGUCUUGAAGCUUUGCGUAUCGAAGGUGGGGAAGUAAGCACAAAACAACUGUCGCAGUUACUCGCUAGAAGUCGUUGGUGUCGUGAGCUGUGGCUUUCCAGGUGCAGAUCUAUUGGAGAAGAGAUGUGGGACUGGCUCGGGAGCGGAUGGAAAGGAAGCGCCUCCCUGCAUAUACUGGGUAUCAUGGGAUGUGGUGGUCAGCUUGGAGAGCUUGCAAUAGAUGUCAUUGGAGGAUUAAGGAGCUUGCAGUUUCUAUCUCUCCAGGGAACGUAUGGAACGAGCAGCGAAACCAUCGAUCUGAUGAACAACGAUAUAUGGCACAUACCGGAGAUUGUACUGCCGAAACCGCCUAUGAAAGAUCUCAACGGAGAAUUGAUUAUCGAAGUUGAUCCUGCUUACAUGUAA